UCGAUUUUGCGAGCAUCUAUUCCGACUAAAUCGCAGAGACCCCCGUGCCCCUCGUCUCUCUCUCGCGCUAAAACCUAUUCCUCUCUGAGAGCAUAACCAUCCCUCUGUACUCUGCCCUCUGCGAGCUACCAUUUCCUCUGUCCUCUGCGAGCUACAGAGCCAUCACAGAAGCCCUCAAACCCUAGCGGAGCUCUCUCUCUCUCUCUCAGUUAUAUUUCUCUCUCUAGCCCUCACAGAGCUCAACUCUCUUUCACAGGGUUUGAGGCGUGGGCAACUUCUCGACUGAAUCUUCCCUUUGUCAAAAGCUUGAACUUGCUUUUCAGGUAUGGAGAAGAAACCACAACGAUUGCUAAUACUCUAUGCUUCACAAACUGGAAAUGCCCUAGAUGUUGCGGAACAUGUUGAGCGUGAAGCUGGACGAAGGCACUGUCCUGCAAUCGUGCUUUCAACCGACCAAUUUGAUGCGAGAGAGCUACCAAGUGAAGGAACUGUUUGCUUUAUUGUUUCGACUACCGGUCAGGGGGACACACCAGAUUCCAUGAAGGAAUUUUGGAGAUCCCUUCUUCAAAGAAAUCUUAGCCAUCAAUGGUUGGAGGGAGUUUACUAUGCAGUCUUCGGAUUAGGUGAUUCAGGCUAUCAAAAAUAUAACGUUGUGGCCAAGAAACUGGACAAGAGACUCACUGAUCUUGGUGCGAAGCCAAUCAUUGGAAAAGGUCUUGGAGAUGAACAGCACCCUUCAGGGUAUGAAGGUGAUCUAGAUCCAUGGCUUUCAUCUUUUUGGGUUACUUUAAAGAAGAUGCACCCUUCAAUCUUCACAUGUGAUACCCAGCUUUUUGACCCAAACAUGAAAGUUCUGGACUAUCCUAAAUUUCAAAUAAUAUAUCAUGAUGUUGAGAAGGCACCAUCCUAUGUUUCAAGAAAUAUAGAUUUAAAUCUUAUGGAGAUUGAAAGUGUCCGCACAAUGACCCCUGGGAAAUUUCCUCAUCAUGAUUGUAGACGUCAAUGCUUUGUAAACAUGGCCAAAAAUGUACGCUUAACUAACGAGGACGGUGACCGAGAUGUGCGCCUUUUUGAAUUCAAUAUUCUUUCAUCAGAUACUGAAUAUGAAGUAGGGGACGUACUUGAGAUCCUCCCAUGUCAAAAUCCUGCUGCUGUGAAUGCUUUUCUUCAGCGCUGCAACUUAGAUCCAGAGUCCUACAUCAGUGUUCAACUUGCAGAUACUGCAAAAAGUCUUCCUGUAUCUAAGCUAAACAUAUCAUGCAAACCAAUUAAGCUUAGAACUUUUGUGGAGUUGACAAUGGAUAUUGCAUCAGCUUCACCUAGACGCUAUUUUUUUGAGGUCAUGAGUUUCUUUGCUACUGCCGAGCAUGAGAAGGAAAGACUUCAAUAUUUUGCGUCCCCGGAAGGACGAGAUGAUCUCUACCAGUACAAUCAAAAGGAAAGAAGAACAGUCCUUGAGGUGCUAGAGGACUUUCCAUCGGUGCAAAUGCCAUUUGAGUGGUUUGUACAAUUAGUUCCCCCACUUAAAACCAGGCUCUUUUCCAUCUCCUCCUCACCUUUAGCUCAUCCCGAUCAAAUUCACUUGACAGUGGCUGUGGUAGCUUGGACGACACCUUUCAAGAGAAAGAGGCAUGGCCUGUGCUCCACAUGGUUAGCCGGACUCGAUCCUCAAAAAGAGACCCGUAUUCCUGCAUGGAUCCAACGUGGUUCACUCCGUCGCCCGUCACCAUCACUCCCGCUGAUCCUCAUAGGGCCAGGAACUGGUUGUGCCCCAUUUCGAGCGUUUGUGGAGGAAAGAGCACUUCAGAGCACCCAAGGACCUGUAGCCCCUGUUAUCUUCUUCUUUGGCUGCAGAAACCAAGAGAAAGACUUCCUUUACAAAGAUUCUUGGUUAUCUCAUUGCGAGAACUCUGGUGUGUUAUCAGAAGAAAAGGGAGGAGGCUUCUUUGUUGCCUUCUCUAGAGAUCAGCUGCAAAAGGUCUAUGUGCAACAUAAAAUGCGAGAACAAAGCCAAAGGAUUUGGGAAUUGUUGGGUGAGGGUGGUGCUGUGUAUAUUGCUGGGUCUGCAACCAAAAUGCCAGCUGAUGUUAUGUUAGCCUUGGAGGAAAUCAUAACAAAAGAAGGUGGUACUCCAAUGGAGUCAGCAACCCGAUUAAUAAGACAGCUAGAGAAGGUAGGAAGAUAUAAUGUUGAAGCUUGGUCUUGAGCCUUCCAGUUUAAAUCAUCAAAGAAGAUUUGUUAAGAGUUUCUAAAAUUAGUAAGCAAUGAUAGAGGCAAAUCUUGGUAUUCAAUGAUAGAUUGGUGUUCAUGGUGGGGUUAGUGGCCAUAAAGCCUCAAGGAAAGAAACAUGGUGGGAUCUCGGAGAGGUCUAUGAUUGAUCGGGUUAGUCAGAAUAGGAAUUGGGUCUAAAAAAUGUCUUGGUGUAUGUAUGUGUGUUUUAUAUAGUACAUGGACUGAUAUGACAGUUACAAAUUGAAUAGUUGUUUAUCCAAUGCUUUGGAAAAUGGAGUCAAGCAAGUGAGAUUCAGCCUCUAGAAGACUAUUUCAAUUCCAUAAGUUUUCUUGCAAUGGUUCCAAUGUGUCUUGGAUGCAUCCAAGGGGUCUAGGUGAACCUGACGGUUUUUAGUUUUUUUCAGUAAGUUAUAGCUUC